AUGCCUAAACCCUUUGGAGAGGAGGAGGAGGAUGAUGGAGUGGAGGAGACUGAACUCAUGGGACCACCAAGAUUUCUCUUCACCAUCAAAGAAGAAACUAAAGAAGAUUUGGAGUCUGAAGAUGGAAAGUCUAGAGGUGAUAAUAAGAGUAGGAAAGGGUCAAGAACUAGAAGCUUGAGUGAGAGUGAAGUGAUUUUCACAGUGGAGACUCCAUUUUUGACCCCAAUUGCUUCACCACCAUAUUUCACUCCUCCACUUACUCCUAUUGAGUCCUCAUAUGACCACCAUGGAUUUAUGCCUCCCUUUGAAUCAUCAUCAGGUGAUGCAGAGGUUAAUGUGGUAAGAUCAUCGCCGCCACCAAAGUUGAAGUUCUUGAAGGAUGCAGAGGAAAAACUUUACAGAAGAAAACUAGAGGAAGAUGAGAAAGGGGUUCAUGAGAUUGACGGGUUUGAUCAAGAUGGAGAUAAAGCUCCUUCAACAUCAGAGUUACUAAAUGAUGAAGAGGAUGAGUUUUUUAUUACACUCAUUGUUUCUAAGAAUGAGUAAGGCUCGCGGUGAGUUCAAGUCAUGGAAACUGUCUCCCCACAACAUUCAUUGUUGUUGAGAGAGACAGAGGGAGAGAGCUUAAUCACCACCACACAAUGUACAAUAGUACGAUUCAAGCUCUUCACAGGUGCUUCCUCUAGCCCUUCAACAUUCAGACCAACAACUAACAAGAACACCCAUAUCACAUUAGAGCCUCCAUCAACUGAAUUAAAAUGUUUUAUUUUUUUAUUUUUUUAUUUUUUUCUUUUGUUUUCUCUUUCUGUUUUUAUGAACCCGCUUGAAUUUUUCAGUUUUAGGAAUUGGGCUUUUGUUUUUUUAGAUGGGGGAGUGUUUGGGAAUGAAGAUAUGGUUAAUCUGUGAAAGCCCUUGUGCAAAGUUGUCUGUUUAUACCUUUAUAAUCAUCAUGUGGAUAGUGGUAGCACUGAUGUUGUCCAAAAGGGCACUGUAAAUCAAUUUUCUUUAAAGCUGAUGCUUCAUCU